GAAACGAGAAACCAGCAGGGUCUCUGUAUGCAGUCAGCUGUUUGAGAAGCAGAUUUGCUCAUUAAUUCGCAAUCUGCGGCUGCAUCUGUUACUCGGAAAACUGUCGGUAGUUGGAGCCUUAUCCAAUGGCCAAGUUCAAGGCUGCAGGCCCACUGGGCGUUUCGAAGGACCGAUCACUUGGUCCGUCUGGGCAUUGGAUGGACGCACAAAUAAACGACUUCGGAGAGGAUCCUUUUGUGUUGACAGAAGACGGCGACUUCAGCUCAGAGUCUAAGCAUACACCAACCGAAACCAUGAUCAAAGACGUUGUGCAAUGCAAUGAGAUUGCUCUUCCCACACCUAUUGCUUCAAGAAUGCCGCUUGGCAAGAUUAUCACCGCCGAUGGCCGGGAGCACGCUGUCUACCAGCCCAUUCCUGGCUUUGAACACCUGUUCAAGCCGCAGCAGCAGCACUUCCAGGGGAUUGAAGACUCGCGAAAGACGACUCCAGCACCGCGUAGGCCAAUCAAGACGCAGACAACAAGUCAAGUAUUGUCACACAACACUCUCAACGACCAUUCUCACAACAUCAACCAAGAGCAGGAUGCGUCUGAUGAGAGCACGCACAAGUCGACAACCAAAAACCUGUCUUCUCCCAGGAAUCCCAAGUCAAAAUCUCUCAAGAGAAGUCGAUCUGUUGCCGACGAAACGUCUCGCCCUCGUCCAGUAGUGCGUGACGAGAGUGAGGAAGAAGAUGACAGCCAAAAUCUCAUCGCCACAAGCGAGGAGUCGUACACAUUCUACAUUGGUGACUUUGAGAAGCUCAAGCAAUUUCUACGACGCCGCUUUGACGAACUGACGAUGAAGCCUCUGCGCGGCAUCAUCACGCAGUGGAUCAAGCAGUUGGAGCCGAGGCGUCUAGGUGCAUACGGCAGGUACCACAAGAAGCUUCCAUCCGAGGAGGCGGACGAGAUGACGCCGCCUUGGUGGCCACGUCAUGUGCACUACAACGAACCUUCGCAUCUCGCCAAAACAGACCUCUUGACCCUUGCCGUGGACGUCAUGCUUCUUCACCGCCGUAUUGACGAAGUCAAGCGUAAGGGCUCCUGGAUUGCAAAGCUGCGCCAAGUGGCUCUGUACAACAUCGAGACUACGCCAUCCGAGCACUUCUCGUCAUCAAAGGGGUCUAAUUUCAGUGAUCUAAUGCGGGAUCGCGCGCUGAAGAGCAUCCUGCCUAGUCUCUUUGAUGUGGCCUCGUCGUACGAAGAGCAUCUCGCCAUGUACGAUCUGUACGAGGGCGCCGACGGCACAGAUCCUGGGACGGGCAAGUACCACACCUGGCAGCCGAUUUCACGACCACCCCGACGACCUGCGCGGAUGAAGCGCCGUCGUGUCGACAGAGCGAGCCCCAUGCUACGGACAGAGUCGAGCAACAACGCUUCUGCAGAUGAUACCGAGCCCGAUGACACGAUGGUGAAUAUGUCUCGUCGCGCUUCGUCGACGCAGUCAAUAACUAUCAAGGCCGGGACUUGCACACCGCCAAUCCAGUCGAAUGUGGCAAGUCCGCAACAACAGCCGUGGAAAGUCGGAUCGCCCGUUGCUGUCGCAGCACAACCAGUGUCUGCUCCUUCCCAGCCGCAACAGAACUACUACCUGACUGGGCCCAUGCCAACACCCAGCUCGUCAUUUGACGAUGUGAAAGGCGGCAACCAUACCAUACCCAGCCAGCACGAAACGUACCCGCGAUCCACCAUGACAUCGUUCAGUCAGCCCAUGCAGUACACGAGUAGUCACGCCAACUACAACACCCAUCUAUACCAGCCUCUCACUAGCACAAGUUCGUUCUCGCACUCAGCGCCAUCAUCGUUCGCUCCCCUCCCUGCACCGGAUCUCGUCAAUUCCUUCCAGAUGGCCAUGUUCGACGGUCCAUACUCGACGCAAGUCCACCAGGCGUCGUUCUUACCACCAAUCGGUCAGAGCAAUACCCAUGGAUACCCGUACGAGUAUGACACGAUGUUCACACCCACAACUAUGAACAUGACGGUGUCGCCGACGGACGUCCACACGGGGUUUCACGGCCUGCCUAUGGACUAUAACACUAAUGGCCGGGGAUCGUUACAUCACUGAACUCGUGCCUUGUGUUGCGCUUGUUGUUUUAGAUUGUAUUUCCUACUCUGUAUCUCUCAUAUCUUCGCAUCGCACUUGCACCAACGCAAGACGCCAGCCAGCCAUGCAUCUCUUUCACCAUAUUCAAUGUCCAGCGUUCUCGUCUGGCGUUCCAGCACUGCACCUUAAACCUCAUACCAACCAACCAACCAACCCACCCAUCCACCACAGGGGCAGCGUUUGCUUCGGCAUUCUUCCUGGAACGUCUUCUCCUUUGCCAUUCAUUCCAUUUGUUUUAUCCAGUUUCAUUAUUUGCUUCCUAUU